CCAUCACCUCCUCCUCCUCCUCAACUAUUUUUCUACUGCAUGCCAAUAAUGUUGAGUGCCAGAAAAAGAAUAGUUUGGAAGGUACAAGGGGAGGAGGUAGCAGCCGCCCCCUGCCCUCCACUCACUCGUCAGUCACCAUUACCUACUGGCCGGCCGGCCCGGUGACCGUCUCCCCCCUCCGGCGCCCCGAGACCAGCGGUUCGUCCAGGGAGAAGAAUCGCGGGAACCGUGCGUGGAACCGCUGAGGGGCUGCGGCCUGAUCUGCUCCAGAAUUUUCGGCCUUCGAUCUCCCCGGCAGGUUCGGUUUCAGCCGUUAUUGGAGCAGAUGGUGGAGGAAGCUGCAAUGGCAGUAGGCUGAUCCUUGUGCUGCCAAUAAGAUGAGCCCUCUGCUGUUUGCAGACGCUGACCUUGGUGAUGUCCAUUAAUUCGGUAAAUUUCCUCACCAAUCAGCUGGGAGAUGGCGUACUCUGGACAGAGGCAUGCCGGUGCCGCCGGGAGCUCGUCGCGGCAGGGGAAUGGCUUGAAGGGGCAGGCCAGCUCAGUUGAGUUCCUAGGAAGGGGGAUGGUGGGGAUGCAGCUCAGAGAUGCAAAGCCAGAUGAUGCUGAUGAUGAAAGGGACAAUGAGCCAGAUGUGGUUGCAGAUUCUGGUUCUGAAGCUGGUCAAAUAAUUGCAACCACAAUCCGUGGUCGAAAUGGUCUGCCUAAACAGUGCGUCAGUUACAUCGCAGAACAUGUGGUUGGAACUGGUUCUUUUGGGGUUGUAUUUCAGGCCAAAUGUCGAGAAACGGGAGAAGUCGUUGCCAUCAAAAAGGUUCUUCAAGAUAAGCGCUACAAAAACAGGGAAUUGCAAAUUAUGCAUAUGCUUGACCAUCCGAACAUUGUUGGUCUUAAGCAUUACUUCUUCUCAACCACUGAAAGGAAUGAGCUUUAUCUUAAUCUUGUCCUUGAGUUCGUGCCAGAGACAGUAAACCGGAUGGCAAGACAGUACAACAGAAUGAAUCAAAGAGUGCCCCUCAUUUAUGUCAAGCUAUACACUUAUCAGAUAAAAAAUUAUUUUGAGUUCUGCCAUACAUCUGUUAGCUUUCUGUUGUUGUUCAGAUAUGCCGAGCACUUGCUUAUAUACACAACUGUGUUGGCAUCUGCCACCGUGAUAUCAAACCACAGAAUGUUCUCGUUAACCCACAUACACACCAGCUCAAAAUAUGUGAUUUUGGCAGUGCAAAAGUGUUGGUCAAGGGAGAGCCAAAUAUCUCCUACAUAUGCUCAAGAUACUACCGAGCACCAGAACUCAUAUUUGGUGCAACUGAAUAUACAACUGCCAUUGAUUUGUGGUCCACAGGCUGUGUCAUGGCAGAGCUGCUUCUUGGACAGCCUCUUUUUCCUGGGGAAAGUGGAGUUGAUCAGCUGGUUGAGAUUAUCAAGUCAUAGUGCCUUGCAGGUCUUGGGUACUCCAACAAGGGAAGAGAUCAAGUGCAUGAAUCCAAACUACACGGAGUUCAAGUUCCCGCAAAUUAAGGCUCACCCAUGGCACAAGGUUUUUCAGAAAAAGCUUCCACCUGAAGCAAUGGACCUUGUCAGCAGGUUUCUCCAAUACUCGCCAGAUCUUCGGUGCACUGCUAUGGAAGCCUGCAUGCACCCGUUCUUUGAUGAGUUGAGAGAUCCAAACACCCGUCUACCUAACGGUCGCCCUCUUCCUCCCCUCUUCAACUUCAGAUCUCAAGAGCUAAACGGUAUACCUCCGGAAGUCGUCGAGCGCCUGGUUCCGGAGCAUGCGAGAAAGCAGAACCUGUUCAUGGCGCUCCGCACCUAGUUUUCGCAUGUCCUCUCCGUGUUUUUUCGCGUUGUUUGGUGCCUGGACUCUGGAGGGAAGCUUGUAAAUUGAGCUGUAGCUUUGUGUGGGUGCAAGCACUGGUGUAGUAGAGUUGCCCCAGGGUGCAUGUGAGGUUUGCAGGCUUGAUGGUUGAUGUGUAUAGAUGAUUUGAGGUUUCUGGAAGUUUCUUGCUUGGAUGAAUUGAUGCAAUCAAAAUCGUUCAGAAACA